AUGGUGUACCAUUUGGCUUUACCACCUCAACUGGCUGGAGUACAUAAUGUUUUCUACGUCUCUAUGCUGCAGAAAUACGAGCCACACCCUUCUCAAAUCAUUAAUUGGGAGAAAAUUAAUCUUGAUGAAGAUGUGACAUUUGAAAAAAAUCCUGUCAAAAUUUUAGAUCGUCGCGAGAAGAAAUUACGAGGUAAAACCAUACCGUUGGUUCGAGUGCUCUGGAGACAACGUGGGAUGGAAGAGUUAACGUGGGAACGAGAAGAUAUGAUACGUGCCAAUUACCCUUUGCUUUUCGAGUCUAAAGACUCUUCAACUAUUCGGGACACAAUUAUCCCCCAUGUUGCCUUGUGGUUUACGAGGGAGGCUAUUCAGGGGAAUGACUUUGAAGACGUGGAUAACGACAAUGACGAUGAAGAUAAUAAUGAUGAAGAAGAAAAUGAAGAUAUAGAUGAGGACAACGAUGAAGACACAGACGAAGAUGAGGAUAAGGACAAAACCAGCACGAAGAAGAAGAGUAUGCGAGCACUACGUAAAGAAGGUCAGCAGAGUGAGUGUCCACCAAAAUACAAGCAACAAUAG